CAUAAAACACAAUAUGAACUUUCAGUAAAAAGAAAAAUUAAGGUUUGGACAAAGAACUUUAGAGAAACAGGACAACCUAAUCAAUGUCGAGUGUGAAGAUGAUCGCUGUGAUAGGCGGUGGUCAGAUGGGAUCAGGAAUAGCCCAACUCACCGCCAUGCACGGCAUCGAUGUCUGUCUUCUAGACGUCGACUCUCAAGCUCUUUCAACUGCUUCCUCUUCCAUCUCUUCUUCCAUCAACCGUCUCGUUUCCAAAGCUCAUCUCUCUCAGGCUACGGCUUCUGAAGCUCUGAAACGAUUGUGUUUUACCACUAAUUUAAACGAUCUCUCUCAUGCUGAUUUCAUUAUUGAAGCUAUUGUAGAAUCUGAAGAGGUUAAAAAAGCUCUGUUUCUUCAAUUAGAUAAGAUUGCUAAGAGUUCUGCAAUUUUGGCUUCUAAUACCAGUUCCAUCUCCAUCACUCGUUUGGCAUCUUCUACUACAAGGCCAAAACAGGUGAUAGGAAUGCAUUUUAUGAACCCUCCACCAGUUAUGAAAUUGAUUGAGAUUGUGCGAGGUGCUGAUACUUCUGAGGACACAUUUGCUGCUACAAAAGCACUCUCACAGAGGCUUGGCAAGACAGUAAUAACUUCCCAGGAUUACUCAGGCUUCAUAGUGAACAGAAUCCUUAUGCCUAUGAUAAAUGAAGCAUUUUAUACUCUAUACACUAAUGUUGCAACCAAAGAGGAUAUUGACACGGGAAUGAAGUUGGGUACUAACCACCCAAUGGGCCCUUUAGAGCUUGCAGACUUCAUUGGAUUGGAUGUAUGCUUGUCUAUAAUGAAAGUUCUUCAUGCUGGUCUUGGGGACAAUAAAUAUGCACCUUGCCCUCUACUUGUGCAGUAUGUUGAUGCUGGCAGACUUGGAAGAAAACGAGGUAUCGGCGUGUAUGACUAUAGUAAAGAGCCAAAGUCUUCAAAAUCAUCUUCUCGUCUUUAGAAUGUUUGGUUUCCUUGGAAGAAUAAGUUGUCAACUUGUCAACACCACGCUUAUAUCUUGUUUUCACAAAGGAAACGGUGCCUUAGUUUAUGUUACAGCAGCAUGUCAUGAAUUGGUUUAUGGCUCUUGAGACAUUGUGUAUGAUGUUUUGAUAGGCCAAUGCAUGUUUUAAGCCUAUUUGAUGUAGAUGCUGCUCGGAUAGGAAUUUCCCUUGUAAUGUGAUCUCUCUUGGCUGAAAAAAAAAUAGAGCUAGAAGAGAGAAUGUAGAGAUUGUAAAGUGAAAGGUGAAAGUAAAGAGUUGGUGGCAUGGCAAUAGCUACGGAUGUGAAUGUUUAAUUAAUAAACGAAUUCAACUUUGUUACAAAAUUCAA